AUUGUCUACACCAAGUCAGCACCAAAAUGCUGUCUGCAUCCUCGCCAAUUGCCUACCCAAGCGACCCUCCCUCUCCUCCGCCAAAGCGCGCCAAACCGCACGAUGUCCAAUAUCCCACGCAGAAGCCACGCAACCGCGGGCCGUUUGUGGACUCGGAUUCUGAAUCAGACGUCGAAAACUAUCCAAGAGCAAGGUCAACGUCUCCCUCUAAAAGGCGCAAAAUAGACGACCGGCCCGCACUGGCUAAUACUGCACCAACAGCUCCCCAUUGGGGCAGACUCAACUCAUUACUCACCACGCCCAUCUUUGGAAGCCGCUCAAGGACCACUUACAAGCUCAAGACAUGCGGGGGCAAGGAAAUCACCAUCAAGCAGCGUCAGGAGGCAGUUGCUCAGUCCUACGAGUCCAUGGUGGCAGCGAGGUCCAAGACCAAGGAAGGGCGGGCGAAGCGAGACUACUAUGGCGUCGACAUUCACAACCUCAUCAACGCAGCGACAAGCGAAAUGGCUGAGAAACGGCAAACCCCAUCAUCUCCAGACACCAAUCAAGCCGUUCGCUCCAUGGAGGCCACAUCGAUAUCCGACAAGAAACCCAAGAAGACGAUGCUAUGGACCGAGAAAUACCGCGCAAGGAACUUUAUGGACUUGUGCGGCGAUGACGGCACAAACAGACUUGUCCUCCGCUGGCUGAAGAAGUGGGAUCCGCUGGUGUUCCCAGGAACAGCCAAGGCAAAGCCCAAAGCGGCGAGACGCAACGGCCCCCAUCCCCCGCCCGAAGAGGAGAAGCCUCACCGGAAGAUCCUGAUGCUGACAGGCCCCCCCGGACUGGGCAAGACGACACUGGCUCACGUCUGUGCCAAGCAGGCCGGCUACGAAGUAAUUGAAGUCAACGCCAGCGACGACCGCAGCCGCGACGUUGUCAAGAACCGGAUCCGCACCAGUCUUGGGACGGAGAGCGUCAAGAACGUGAGCAAUCUGAAGGCGCCGAACGGGCCGCAAAAGGUCGCCAAGCCUGUUUGCGUGGUCGUGGACGAGGUCGACGGCGUGGUGACGGGAUCGGGAGCUUCAGGGGAGGGCGGCUUCAUCAGGGCCCUGAUUGACUUGGUGCUCAUCGACCAGAAGAACUCAUCAGUGGUGGAGAAGACUUACGAUGGCAAGAAGAAGAAGGGGGACGACUUUCGGCUGAUGCGGCCGUUGAUCCUGAUAUGCAAUGAUGUGUACCAUCCUUCGCUGAGGCCACUGAGGCAGUCGAAUCUGGCCGAGAUCAUCCACGUCGGUCGACCGACUCUGGACACGGUAGUUGGGCGAUUGAAGGAGGUCUUUGAAAAGGAAGGCAUCCCUUGCGACAAGGACGCAGCACGCAAGCUAUGUGAAACGGCCUGGGGCAUGGCCAGCGGCAUCGAUGCCAGACGGGGCCAAGAAAGCACCGUGCAGGGCGAUCUCCGAGGCGUCAUGGUGGUGGGCGAAUGGGUGGCCUCCCGGUUCAGGGCUUCGGCUCUGAGCGACACGCAGCGUCUCACCAGGGAUUGGAUCGAGAAGAACAUCCUGCAGGAGCUUGCCAGCGGCGCGGCGGGAGCUCGAGGCCUCGGGCGAGGCAGCGUCAAGGAUAUCAUCUCGCGACUCUUCCAAGAGGGAGGCGGCUUCCCCAAGCAAGCGCUGAGCCUAUCGAGGUCCAAGACGCAUCAUGAGCAGCCAAAGACGGAGCUGGGCUUUGGCGAGCACCAGAAGAAGUACGCCAUGGAGUGCCUCCGGCAGAUGGUGGACGCCAGCGGCGAGAUCAGCCACAUUGUGACGGAGAUAUUCGCAGAGUACCCGAACCGCGAGUUCAACGACGACUCGUACCUGUCGAAGCCGAACCAGGCCUACGACUGGCUGUACUUCCACGACGCCUGCCAGUCGAGGCUGUACGCGAGCCAGGAAUGGGAGCUUGCGCCGUACCUCUCGCAGCCCGUGCUGGCCUGCCACCACCUGUUUGCAUCGCCCAUCAGGCACUUUGCCGGCGGCAUGUCGUCGACCAACAACCAGCGGACUGGCGGGGAAGAAGAUGCCGGUCCUACGAUUCCCUUUUCCGGCCCGCGCGCGGACUUCCAGGCCUACGAGGCCGAGAAGCAGACCCGCGCGCAGCUGCAGACGCUGCAGGGCCAGCUCAGCCCGACCAUGAUGCGGCUGUUCCGCAGCGCAGAGGACGUUUCCACAGAGUUCCUGCCGUACCUCGCGCGCAUGCUGUCGCCGGACGUGAAGCCCGUUGUCGUGGGCGGGAGCCAGGGGACGACGGCGAGCGUGCGCAAGGAGAGCGAGCGGCGAAUGGUGAAGAGGGCGUCGGAAGUGCUCGCCGAAGUGGGCAUUACGCUGCAAAAGGGCAAGAUUGAGAGCGAUGUGCUGUCCAGUCGCGGGCCGCAGUUUGUCUACCGCAUGGAGCCAGACAUUGAUUCCCUGUCUACCUAUGAAACAGCCUCUUCCCUCAUAACAUCCCAACCACCAGCUCGCUACGCAAUCCGCCAGGUCCUCGACCAGGAACUCCGUCGCACGCUCGCCCUCCGCGAGACAAGCGCCCGCCAAGCGCGCUUCCAGGCCGGCCGCUCCCUAGGCGAAGGCGACGAUCAAGCGACGCAACAGCCCCUGGCAUCUUUGCUGAGCCAGAAGAAGGACGACAACAUGGCCGUCGUGGAGGAUGGACUGGUGGUGAAGAAGGACUUUUUUGGGAGAAUCAUCCAGGCGCAGGCGCUGGCGGAUGUUGUCAGGGGCGGGUUGAUGGACAAGAAGGCGACGGCUGGGCAGGACAAGGUCUGGGUUACGUUUCAUGAGGGGCUGAAUAACGCUGUGAGGAAGCCGAUGACGCUGCGGGAGUUUUUGAGUGGGCUUUGA